CCCUUCCGCGCCGGGCUCGGGGUUCAGGGGCUCUGCGGGUCGCUGCGGGGCUGGGGUCGGGCUGGCGGGAGUCCGGGCGCGGCACCUCCUUCCGCCCCACAGAGUCGGCGGCGGAGCCCCGAGCCGUGUCCCCGGCCCGGUGUCCCCGGGCGUGCGGCCGUGGCGCCUGGAAACUGACCUGCUGAGUCACUCGUGCGUUCGGUUCUGGAGGACACAUGCCGGCGACAGGACUUCAACCCCAGCGAAUACGAUCUGAAGUUUCAAAGGAAUGUGCUUGACCUCUCUCUCCAGUGGAGAUUCGCCAACCUGCCCAACAAUGCCAAGCUGGAGAUGGUACCCAUCUCCCGGAGCCGCGAGGGCCCCGAGAACACGGUUCGCAUCGCUCUGCAGCUGGACGACGGCUCUCGGUUGCAAGACACUUUCUGCUCGGGCCAGACGCUCUGGGAGCUGCUCAGCCAUUUUGCACAGACCAGGGAGUGCCUGGAGCAGCCGAGCGAGGCCAGCCCGGUCUGUGUGUACAUGAGGGAUGAGGUGACUGGCAGAGCCUCCUUGCAGGCCACGACACUCAAGUCCCUUGGCCUCACAGGGGGCAGCGCCAUCAUCAGGUUUGCCAUGAAGCGAUGCAGCUCUGCUGGGGUUUCACGGAGCAAAGCCCCGGGAAGCCCGACCAUCUCGCUGUCGGCUGACCAGGCUGCUGGCAGCCCUCUGCGCCCGCUGGAUUCAGCGGGGCUCAGCCGGGGGGAUGUGAGCCAUCAGGACGAAGCAGACAUCUCAGGGGCCGGCCGUGUGGACGCUCCAGCCAAGCAGAUCUCCAAGGAGCCCGCCCCCGCCCCCUUUGUUCCUUUCUCAGGUGGGGGGCAGCGACUGGGGGGCCCCUCUGGCUUGGCCAGGUCUCUGAUGUCGCCUUCAGCCAAACUGCCUAAGUCCUUCUCCAGCCCCGGAGGCCCGUCCAAGCCAAAGAAGUCGAGGCCUGGCCAGGAGCCCCGGCCAGAGGCAGAGCCGCCAGUGGAUCGCGACCCCGUGGUGUGCCACCCCGACCUGGAGGAGCUGCUCCAGGCCUGGCCUGCAGAGCUGCCGGACGAGUUCUUUGAAGUGACUGUGGACGACGUGAGGAGACGCUUGGCCCAGCUCAAGAGUGAGCGGAAGCGUCUGGAAGAAGCACCCUUGGUGACCAAGGCCUUCAGGGAGGCCCAGAGGAGGGAGAAGCUGGAGCGCUACCCUAAGGUGGUCCUGAGGGUCCUGUUUCCUGACCGCUACAUCCUGCAAGGCUUCUUCCGCCCCAGCGAGACAGUGGGGGAUCUACGGGCCUUUGUGAGGAGCCACCUGGGGGACCCCGAGCUGCCCUUCUACCUGUUCAUCACUCCUCCAAAAACUGUCCUGGAUGACCCCACGCUGACCCUCUUUCAGGCAGAUCUCUUCCCUGCGGCCCUCGUGCACUUCGGAGCGGAGGAACCAACCGGCCUCUUCCUGGAGCCUCGGCUGUUGGAACACACGGUCUCCCCAUCUGCAGCUGACAUGCUGGUGGCCAGGUGCAUGUCCAGGGCUUCUGGAACCCCACCCCCGAUGCCAGCCCCUGACCCUGCGCCCCUUGAGUCAGAGCCAGCGGCCGAGGCAGGGGCAGUGGGCCUGUCUGAACCCAGCCCUGGAGCGGCCCAGCCAGUCAGGAGGGAUCUGGGGAAGGUCCCCAAGUGGCUGAAGCUGCCAGCCAGCAAGAGGUGAGCGCCACCAGCCUGGACGUGCCCUGUGUGCCAGCCGCGGGACCCCUCCCCACCCUGAGCGGGAAUAAAGGUGUGAGCUGCUCUCGAGA